AUCCACCAUCCUGCAGGAGAGCAAGUCCCUGCUGAAGAGCCAGACAGUGUCGGACCAGGCGGUGGCCGAAGCCCUGUGUGCCAUCAUGCUCCUGGAGGACAGCUCUCCACGCCAGGCCCUCGCUGACUUCCUUCUGGCCAGGAAGCUGGCCAUUCAGCAGCUUCUCAACCAGCCGCACCACGGUGCAGGUAUAAAAGCUCAGGUGUGUUCACUGAUGGAGCUGCUGACCACCACCCUGUACCAGGCUCAUGCUCUCUUCUACACCAUGCCCGAAGGGAUGCCACCGGAUCCAGGCCUGCCCUGUGGCUUGCUCUUUUCAACCCUGGAGAGUACCACGGGCCAGCACCCAGCAGGGAGAGGUGGGGUGCUGGAGGAGGAAGUGAAGCUGAGCAGCUGGUUUAGGUACCUCCCAGAAUCCGUGGUGGAGUUCCGGCCAGCCCUGCGGACCCUGGCACACCCCAUCAGCCAGGACUACCUCCGAGACACGCUGCAGAAGUGGAUCACCAUGUGCAGUGAUGACAUCAGGGCCGGGGUCAGCAACCUGCUCAUCUAUGUGAAGAGCAUGAAAGGGCUCGCAGGGAUUCGCGACGCUGUGUGGGAGCUGCUCACGAGCGAGCCCAUAAGCCAGAACUGGGAGGCAGUGUGCCGUCGUCUCUUGGACAAGCCUGCUUCCUUCUGGGAGGACGUGCUGCAGCAGCUCUUCCUGGACAGGCUGGAGACACUGACCAAAGAAGGGUUUGACUCCAUCUCAAGCAGCUCCAAACAGCUGCUCACCUUAGCCCUGCAGGAACUUGAAUCCAACACCUCUGCUCUGAGCAAGCACAUCCAGUUUGAACACAACGUGGCCCUGUUCCUGUGGUCAGAGAGCUCCAGCGACCUGCCUUCUGACGCCGCUUGGGUCAACGUGGCAAACCGCGGCCAAUUGGCCCUGUCCAUGAAGGCGCAGGCGCUCACGCCGUGCGUGCAGAGCUUCUGCUCAGCUCUGGACUCCAAGCUGAAGGCCAGGCUGGACGACCUCCUGUCCUACCUUCCCACAGACUCCUCAGCUGCCAAGGAGCCUGCUCCCGCCGUGCCCCCACACUCUGCCUUCGACCGUUACGCUGACGCCGGCACGGUGGAGGGGCUGCUCCGCGACCGCUGUGUCACCUGCAUCCACCACGUGCUGGGCUGUGUGCGGGAGGAGCUGCAGAGUGCCCAGAGCCUGCUGGGGGGGCAGGCGGACGCUCCCCGCGAUGCCAGACUCAACGCCGUCCUCUUCAUGGCAAGACUCUGCCAGUCCCUGACCGAGCUCUGCCCGCACCUGAAGCAGUGUAUCCUGGGCCGGUCGGGCAGCACGGAGACGGCGCAAAAGGAAACGCGCUCUGCCAAGAAGCUGGGGAAGGGGAAAGCCCACGAGGUGACGCCCGUGCAGGCCAAGUGGCAGGAGGUGAAGGCAGAGCUCCUGCAGCAGAGCCUGUUCGCUUACCAGGUCUGGAGCUCAGCUGUCACCAAGGGUCUGGUUCAGUGCUUUACCUGCACGCUGCUGCUCGACACAGCUGGCUCUGUCUUGGCUGCAGCCACCAACUGGGAUGAAAUUGAAAUUCAGGAGGAGACGGAGUCUGGAAACAGUGUAACGUCAAAGAUCCGGCUGCCUGUGCAGCCGUCCUGGUACGUCCAGUGCCUCCUCUUCAGCCUGUGCCAAGAGGUGAACCGUGUCGGCGGCCACACUCUUCCGAAAGUCACCUUGCAGGAGUUGCUGAGGGCCUGCAUGGCAGAGGUGCUUGCUGCCUAUGAAAAGCUCGUGGAAGAGAAGCAGGAGAAGAAAGCAGGCGCCUUCCCCAUGACCCAGAACAGAGCUCUGCAGUUACUCUACGACCUGCGGUACCUGAGUAUCAUCUUGACGGCAAAGAGUGAGGAAGCAAAAACCAGCAGGAUCAAGCAUGACUCCAGGAUCGAGAAGGUGACCGACUUCCUGGAGGGACACAUAGAUCCCUUUGACUUGGACGUUUUUACUCCACACCUCAACAGCAACCUGAAUCGCCUGGUGCAGCGAACCUCCGUUCUCUUCGGCUUGCUGACCGGCACAGAGAACCAGUACACGAGCAGGAGCGGUGCGCUCAGCUCCCAGGAGCUCCACAACAUCUUGCCGUUAGCAUCCAGCCAAAUCAGGUUUGGUCUUCUGCCACUGAGUAUGUCAAGCUCACGGAAGAGCAAGUCUGCCUCCAGGAGCACUGAAGGAGUUCAGGUUCCACCUCCUGCGCUCACAAGGGCAGAGGACGAGGCAUCGCGCCCUGGCUCUUUGUUCAGGCAGCUCAUAACCGAGGAGGAAGACACAGCUGCUCCUUCUCUCUUCAAGCUGGGAUGGCUUUCCAGCAUGACCAAGUGAUGCAAUAAAAAAUAAAAAGUUUGUCUGUG